AUGCUUUCCGUGGCCGCGUGCAUUGGACAGUCGAAAUGGGCUUAUUUCAGCGCUAAAGCCAGAAGGCUUGCCGAUGUUGAUAUCAUGGAGGCAGCGGCCCGCGGCCCCUUGGGCUCUAUCAUGAUGCUGUCCAGAAUCCCCUGGGGUGUGGCGACUCUGGGCGCUGUUGUCACGGUCUUGGCAUUAGGGGUUGAUACAUUUGCACAGCAAGUUAUCAGCACUGAGGCCGUACCCGAAUGGGCUGACGAUGGCACUGCUGCCUUCGGUCUGGCUCGAGAUUACUUUGGGGGCGCCCUCGGAGCGCCUAGAAGCUGGAGCAGAAGCUAUUGGACAACAGACCGUAUGCAGGGCGCAAUCCUCAAGGCCUUCUAUGAGCUUGAAAUUCCACCUUCAUUCGGCUGCGGCACAAACUGUUCUUGGGACCAGAGCCACGUGUCCCUAGGCUUCAGCACAAGCUGCAUUAACGUUACUAAAGCGACAUAUGCGACGAUGAAUUGCACGUCCAACGACCUGGGUGGUUCUAGAAAUUGCACAAUGACAACACCCGGUAACGUCACAUUUGAUACAACGAUCCAUCCGACCUUCUGGUCAACCGUCCUCGUUAUAAAGGCCAAAGCUCUCUACAGCAAUUUCCCGGAGAUCUCUACUCCAUUCGAACGUUUACCGUCAAAAUUUAUCCGUCUAGCUGCAUUUAGACAGCCAAGCGAGUAUAGGUAUAGCGACGGCACAGUCGAGCAAACUCUCGAAUGUGAUGUAGGGUUUGCGGCCUACAACUACACGAAAGCAUCGUCCACCACAAACAAGUUCACCAUUGAAAGCAUGGAAACCAUUCCACUUGAUGAUGGCUACCUCCAUAUAAAUGGGAGCGAGCCGCUAGGUACAUCAUCUACUGAUAGCCUUGAGCUUUUCAGUUACAUUCUUUUUAACACGACAGGCCUCCCGGAGUUCCAUGUCCGCACUUUGGAUGUUGGCGCAUUGGUCGAUUAUUUUGUCUCUCCGUCAUUCAGCGGCACACUCGCCGACGGAGAGUGGGUGCCUGUAUAUCCAGCAGGCAUCACUGAAGCCAUCCGCGAUCCGCACAAGAAUGUCUCAGAGUUAAUGGACUCGGUGGCUAUCGCCAUGACUGAUCAGCUCCGUCUAAAUAACAAUGCGAUCGCCCAUGGUCUCGCCGAAAGGACGACCGUACUCGUCCGGGUUCAAUGGGCCUGGCUGGCGCUGCCCUUCUUUGUCGUCCUGGCGUCCGGGUUGUUCCUAGUUGCCGCAAUGGUCGAGAGCAGAAGCAAAAGCGAGGUCGGUCUAUGGAAGUCAAGUGCCACCUCGCUGCUGUUCCAUACAGUGUCUCCAGCUGAAGGGCAAAUGAGGCCUGGUAUUCCGGGACCUGAGCAACUCCACAAGAUCGCCAAGUCAACGAAAGUAAGGCUCUCCAGUAACCGAGUUGAUAGGUGCGGGUGA